AUGCUAGUGUUAUUUGAAUUAGCUUCAGGAUAUGCUGUUUUCAAUGUCAAUGAUGAUGGUGCAAUAAAAGAUCCAGAGGCUUCAUGGAAAAUAUUUGAUUCGCAAAAAUCUAUAAAAAAAAAUAUUACUGUUGAGGCUAUGCAUAAAUUUAAAAGCAUGACAGAUGCAGUAGCUUCACUUAAUACAGUUAUUGAAGGAAAGCUAUCUGACGAUUUAUCGAAAUUUUUAGGCGAUAUUAUCGAAAAGAAUCCAAAUAAUGUGUUGGCAGUAGCAGAUGCUAAACUUGGUGCUGAAAUAAGUAAAAAAUUAGGAGUUCAAGUUGUUGCAGAUAAAUCCGUGAUCAAUCUUUAUCGUGGACUUCGUGAACAACUUGAAAAUAUACUUCCCGACUCUAAAGAAUUAUUAUCCGCAAUGUCACUAGGUCUUUCUCAUUCGUUGUCACGACACAAACUUAAAUUUUCAAUUGAUAAAGUUGAUACCAUGAUAAUUCAUUCUAGUGGUUUGUUAGAAGAUCUAGAUAAAGAGAUAAAUACAUAUGCUAUGAGAGCAAAAGAAUGGUACGGUUUACAUUUUCCAGAAAUGAGUAAAAUAGUUGAGGACAAUCUAGCCUAUGCAAAAGUUAUCAAGACAAUUGGGUUUCGUUCAGAUGCUCAAUCAUCAGAUUUAUCAAGCAUAUUACCUGAAGAAUUAGAUAAACAAGUAAAAGAGGCAGCAGAGGUAUCGAUGGGUUCAGAAAUAACACAAGACGAUCUUGAAAGUAUUUCUCAAUUCUGUGAUCAAAUUAUUAAUUUGUCUGAAUAUCGUGCUCAACUUCAUGAAUAUAUACGAAAUAGGAUGAAGAUGAUGACUCCUAAUUUAACAACUUUAGUUGGUGAAUUGAUUGGUGCAAAAUUAAUAUCGCAUGCUGGAGGUUUGACAAACCUUGCAAAAUUGCCUGCAAGUACGGUUCAAAUUUUAGGAGCAGAAAAGGCAUUUUUCAGAGCAGUAAAAGCAAAAAAAUCUACACCCAAAUAUGGAAUUUUAUAUCAUGCAAGUCUUGUUGGCCAAGCAUCUGCUAAAAAUAAAGGGAAAAUUGCCAGAUUAGUUGCAACAAAAUCUUCUCUUUCUGCUCGUGCUGAUUCUUUUUCUGAAGAAAAAGAUGUCGAUGCUGAAAUGGGAAAUAAGUCUCGUAAAUUUAUUGAAAAAAGGCUUAAUAUAUUGGAAAAAACCAAGGAUGUUUCAUCAUCAUCAACAAAAAAAAAGAAUAGCAAAAUGCAAGGUCUUAUUUCCACCGCUACUUCCUAUAAUCCUUCUACUGAUAUCAUAAAAGAAUCAAUACAACCAAUGGAAAUUUGCAAAGAUUCUGAUAAAUCUGAAGAGUCCGAGGAGACUGUUAAAAUGGAGAUUGUUGAAGAAACUCAAGAUGGAGAAUCUAAAGCUGAUGAACAAGAAGAGUCUGCUGAAAUAAAAGGAUCAACCAAAGAUAAGAAAAAAGACAAAAAGAUUAAAAAAGAAAAGAAAAAAUUUAAGGCUAACGAACAAGAAGAAUCUAUCAAAUCUAAAUCAUUAAGCAAGAAAGGUAAAGAAAAAUCUAAAACUGACGAACAAGAAGAACCUGUCGAAGCUAAAUCGUCAAGUAAAAAGAGCAAGGAAAAAUCUGAAACUGGUGAGCAAGAAGAGGAACCUGUCAAAGCUAAAUCGUCAGGUAAAAAAGGCAAGGAAAAACCUGAAACUAGUGAGAAAGUAGAGGAACCUGUCAAAGCCAAAUCGUCAAGUAAAAAGAGCAAGGAAAAAUCUGAAACUGGUGAGCAAGAAGAGGAACCUGUCAAAGCCAAAUCGUCAAGUAAAAAAGGCAAGGAAAAACCUGAAACUGGUGAACAAGAAGAAGAACCUGUCAAAGCCAAAUCGUCAAGUAAAAAGAGCAAGGAAAAAUCUGAAACUGGUGAACAAGAAGAAGAACCUGUCAAAGCUAAAUCGUCAAGUAAAAAGAAUAAAGAAAAAUCCAAGGCUGAUGAACAAGAAGAAUCUGCUAAAGUUAAAUCAUCAAAUAAAAAGCGUAAAGCAAAAUCUAAGGCUGACGAACAAGAAGAAUCUGUUGAAGCUAAAUCGUCAAGUAAAAAGCGCAAAGAAGAAUUUGAUAUACAAGAAGAAUCUGCCGAAUCUAAACCGUCAAGUAAAAAGGGGAAAGAAAAAUCUAAAAGUGAUGAACAAGAAGAAUCCGUUAAAUCAUCAGGUAAAAAGGAUAAAGAAGAAUCUAAAUCGUCAAGUAAAAAGGAUAAAUCUGGUAAAGUGAAGACCGAAAAGAAAGAAUCGGUGCAAAUAGCAGAUGUGGAAGAGCACGGAGAGACUUCAAAAACUACAAAACGUAAACAUGACGGUUCAGAUGAGGGUAAAGAUGAUGGUAAAGACGAUGGUAAAGAUGAAAAAGAACUUGAUCCUAAAAGAAAAAAGAAAAAAUCAAAGAAAUAA